AUGGGCGGCGUUGUCUCUGCAUUCUCUAGUAGUAGCGGUGAAGACCCCGUCGCAGCGCGACAAGCUCUCGAGAAGCAACUUGCCGAUAGAGAAGAAACCAUCGCCGUCCUCGAAGAAGACCUCUCCAAGAAGGAGAAGGAGUGCACAACAGUUUCCCAGGAUGCUGAGGACCUGAGAGAAAAGAUCAAGGAGCUCGAGAAACAAAAUUCUCUCGCUCUCGACGAGACCCACGCCCGAAUUGCCAUCUUGCAGGAUGAGCUGAAGAAGGGUGGCGACUCGAGCUCCGAGCAGCUUCGUUCCACCAAGGAGUCCGCUGAGAAGAACGCCCAGGAGCUCGAGGAUGCCAAGUCGUCUCUGACUGCCACCGAAGAGAAGCUCAAGGGUCUCGAGCAGGAGAGGCAAUCCAUUGCCGAUGAGCUCGCCAGCCUCAAGGCUGAGCUUGCUGAGGCCAAGGAGGCCCGCGAGGCCCUCGAGGCUGCUCUGACCAAGGAGAUUGCUACCCUCAAGACCCAGAUCUCUGAGGCUGAGGAGAAGCACCAGACUCUUACCAAGGCCCACAGUACGCUUGAGGAAGAGCUCGCUGCCGCUUCCAGCGCCGCCGAGCAGGGCAAGCAAGCUCUGACCGGAACCGAGGACAAGUUCACGACUCUACAAUCCAGCCACGACAAGCUUGAGACAGACCUCAAGGCCGCUGUCACUGCCCUCGACGAGCAGAAGCAGGCUUUGGCCGGAGCCGAGGAGAAGUACGCCACCCUCCAAGAGACUCUCGACAACCUCAAGGAGCAGUCCGACUCCCAGAUCGCCACUGCGAAGAAGGACCUCGCCGAGGCCGAGGAGAAGCACAACACCCUCCAAGAAACACACAACAAGCACAAGGCCGACUCUGAGAACGAGUUGUCUGAGCUCAAGAAGCAGCUGGCUGAACUGUCUGAUCUCCAGACCAAGUACGCCACUCUUGAGGAGACCAACAAGUCUCUUGAGCAGGAGCUUGCUGAGCUCAAGGAGAAGUUUGCCGAACUCGAGAAGACCAACGAGUCUCUCAAGAGCGACUCCUCCUCUGAGCUCAUUGCCGCCCAGAAGGAUGCUGCCGAGUGGAAGGAGAAGCACGGCUCUCUCCAGAGCACCCAUGAUGAUCUGACCAAGGACCUUGAGGCUGCCAAGAAGGAUCUUACUGCCUCAGAGGAGGCCCAGAAGAAGCUUGCUGAGGAGCACACCACUGCCUUGACCAAGGCUCAAGGUGACUCAUCUGCUGAGCUGGAGAAGGUUAAGCAGGAAGCCGCCGACCUUGAGGCUAAGCUCAAGUCUGCUACUGACGAGCACGAGACUCUCAAGAAGGAGCGUGACGAGCAGGCUGAGAAGCUCAAGGCCGUCACUGGCGACCACGAGACAUCCCAGCAGAAGCAGGAGGAGACCGAGGCUAAGCUCAAGGCUGCCACCGAAGAGCGCGAGUCCAUCGAGAAGGAGCUUAACGAGAAGUCAACAAAGCUUGCCGAGCUCGAGAAGCAAAUCGAGGAUGCUCAAUCCAAGGCCUCCAAGGCUGAGGAGGACCUUAACGCUUCGCAAACGGAGAAGAAGGAACUCGAGUCCAAGAUCGCUGAUCUUGAAUCCAGCGCCAAGAACUCACAGAAGUCUGAGUCUUCACUCAAGACUAAGGCUGAGGAGGCCGAGGCUAAGGUUGCCGCCCUUGAAGCUGAUGCCAAGAAGGCUCAGGACGCUGAGGCCGAGCUGAAGACCAAGGUCGAGGAAGCUGAGGCCAAGGUUGAGAGCCUUGAGGCUGAGGCUGCUAAGGCUAAGGAGGCCGAGGCCAAGGUUGCCACUCUUGAGGCUGACGCAAAGAAGGCCCAGGACUCCGAGGCUGAACUGAAGAAGCAGCUUGAGGACGCCCAGGCCGCCGUCGAAGCCGAGAAGAAGGAGUCCGCCGACAAGACAAAGUCUCUUGAGGACGAGCUUAAGGAGCUUAAGGAGAAGUUCGCCAAGGCUGAGGAGGCUGCCCAGAAGGUUGAAUCCCUGGAGGCCGAGAAGAAGGCCGCUGAGGAGAAGGCUGCUACUCUGGAGAAGGAGAAGACCACAGCCGAGGAGAAGACCAAGACAGCACAAUCUGCCUUCAGCAAUGCUCUCGAGAAGGUCAAGACCAUCCAGAGCGAGAAGAAGGAGGCUGUUGCCACUGCCACCAAGGAGAAGGACGAGGCCCUUGAGAAGGUCAAGACUCUCGAGGCUGAGGUCAAGGAGCUCAAGGAGAAGAGCGCUGCCACCAACGGCACUGCCGAGGCUUAA